UGCGUGUGUGUGUGUGGAGAGAAGCGGCUUGAUGCUUGUUGUUUUUGUCCAGAGAAAAGUUGCAUAGAGAAAUCCCGGCAGGUAACUUUUCGCUGCAGCCCUGCUCGCUCCUCACUGUCCGCUCCUUUGGCUGCUGGAGUUUUUCUCUUGGCUUCUUUGUUUUUUAACAUUUUUUUUUCUGGGAUUCAACUUUUUUGAAAUUAAAAAUCUGUUCCCGAUGUAUAACAUGAUGGAGACUGAACUGAAGCCCCCAGCUCCCCAGACCAACACGGGGGGCACGGGCAACACCAACACGUCCGGCACCGGCAACAACCAGAAAAACAGCCCCGAGCGGGUCAAGAGACCCAUGAACGCCUUCAUGGUGUGGUCCCGGGGACAGAGGAGGAAGAUGGCGCAAGAAAACCCCAAAAUGCACAACUCGGAGAUAAGUAAGAGGCUGGGCGCAGAGUGGAAACUCCUGUCGGAGAGCGAGAAAAGACCUUUCAUCGACGAAGCCAAGAGACUGCGGGCCCUGCACAUGAAGGAGCACCCGGAUUACAAAUACCGGCCCCGGCGGAAAACCAAGACCCUCAUGAAGAAGGACAAGUACACCUUGCCCGGUGGGCUGCUGGCUCCGGGAGGCAACGGGAUGGGGACCGGGGUCGGGGUCGGGGCCGGGCUGGGCGGCGGAGUGAACCAGCGCAUGGACAGCUACGCCGCGCACAUGAACGGCUGGACCAACGGGGGCUACGGCAUGAUGCAGGACCAGCUGGGUUACCAGCACCCGGGGCUGAACGCGCACAACCCGAGCCAGAUGCAGUCCAUGCACCGCUACGAUAUGAGCGCCCUGCAGUACAACUCCAUGACCAGCUCCCAGAGCUAUAUGAACGGCUCCCCGACAUACUCCAUGUCCUAUUCCCAGCAAACCACGCCAGGGAUGACCGCCCUGGGCUCCAUGGGGCCAUCCUCGGUGGUGAAGUCCGAGUCCAGCAGCUCCAGCCCGCCCGUCGUCACCUCGUCAUCCCACAGGGCCGCCCCGGGCUGCCAAAGCGGGGAUCUGAGAGACAUGAUCAGCAUGUACCUGCCCGGGGCGGAGGUCAGCGAACCGACCGCCCAGACCAGGCUACACAUGUCCGGGCACUACCAGAGCGCCGUGCCCGGGACGACGAUCAACGGCACGCUGCCGUUAACACACAUGUAAGAGACAUGAAAGCAAGAAAGAAAAGGAGAGAGAAAGAGAAAGAACUUUUAUAAGAGAAACUGUGGACUACUUAACGUUGGACUAUUUUUGUACAGAAAAAUUUCGGGGUGGGAAAAGUUGUAUAGAAGUCUCCAAGAAAAAGAAAAAAGGGACACACGACUCUUUUUAUUUUGUCUUUUUUUUUGUCUCACAUUUUAUUCUAAGGAAGCUCUAGAGGAACGGUAGGAGAUCCCCCACCACCGCCACAGCCACCAUCCCCACCCCCUUUCACUGACGGAUGAAGUUUGGAAGACUUUAGAAAGUGGGAGUCGCAAUCAAAAAAAUGUUUUAUUAUUGCAAUCACCCUUUUGUACAGUAUUUAUCAAAGAAACAUUACAAUCAGACGAAAUUUGUUUGUUAAACUGCAAAAGGUUGCAUAUUUCUUUUUCUAUUUCUCUUUUUUUUUCUUCGAUUUGUUUCAUUUUUCCUGUUUUAUAUAAAGCAACGCCAGUUCUGCAGAUAAAAAUAUAAAAAAAAACAAAAAAAGUGAAAGAUAGCAGAGCUGAAAUUCUUAUGGGAGCUCAUUUAACACUUCACAACACUGGAAAGAAAAAGGGGACAUGAAACGAAGCAGUUCCUGCGGAUGGCCACAUCAAGCCCAAAGUUUGUUGCCUGUUUCCUAAAAAGUGGGGGGAAGAUUUUUCCACCAAAAUACCCAUCAUCCCCAGUGAUGUAACGAGAGAGUGAAGACGCGAGUGAGAGAGCGGGACAAUGGGAAACGGGAUGGCAAAAUGACAAAUGAGCUAAGUUGUUGGUCCGCUGUUCCUGCAGAGCCACCCGUGGUGUUGGGGGGUCUCACAACAUUUCCUCUGUGUGUCCUCUUGAGCUGAGAUUGCUGCUUUGAACCAGCAAGGAAACAAAUCGAAAUUUUUCUAGAGGGGAGCGACGGCUGCUGUAAUCUCCACUGUUCAAUUAGCUGAAGUGACCGGGACGCCACCUACACUUCAUUAGCUGGAAGGCGAAGGUGAUGCUGACGGUGUAACAUCAGGCGAGUACGAGAGAUGGAGAAGAUGCUGACGUUUCCCAAAAAACCCCACACAAACACACACGGACACACACAUGCAGGCAGACAGUAAAUGGGAGUCUUCUGUCAGGAGUGUGAGUCAUUCCCCAGUGUAGAAAACUGAAUUAAAGUGAAUCAGGCUGAACUGAAAUGACCUGAGCUGAAAAGAAGGCUUCAGCUGGACAGCUCUCUGAAGGUGCUGAGGGAAAAAAAUUAGAUGACAAAUAAUUUGGAAAUAAUGCAGAUGGCACACUGCGGUUUCUCGAGGGGGCCUCGCUAGAUUUCCUGUUCGGCAUUCACUUAUUUCCUUUUUUCAUUUUCAUGUUUACAUUACGUUCUAUAACACUUAUUAAACUGUACGUCUCCGGACUCUCAGCAUUUGUGUCCUAUCUGUUUUUGUAUUUGAGCUUGUGCCAUAACCAUCAAAAGUGUACAUUAGUGUACUGUGACAUUUCCUUUUUUGUCUGUGUGCCAACAGUCUGUUCAUUAUUGUGUAAUUAAAUAUUAGACACAGAAUUAGAUUUUUAAAAAUAAAUCUAGAGGCUAUUUUCAGCUAGCUGGUGCCGUUUCGUUUCAAAUCGUUUGUUUUUCUUUUUAACCACAACUGCACAAAAUUAGUCUUGCUUAAUAUUUUGUAAUGAUGGCAAAUUAUUGUUUUCCAUCUGAGCUUCACACUUGAUUCGAUUAAAGAGUGUUAGGAUAACCGGUACAGCAGAUCUGGUCUCUAAGCAACUCCAGAUUCAGUGACCUUUGCAUUUUGAGUUUAACUGAGACAUGACAAGAAAAAAAAAAACAAGUAUGUGUUCAGUGUGAUCGUGCCAGUCAUAAGUUACUUCAUCAUAAGACCUGGGCGGCUGAUUUUGAUGUGGUUUAAAUGUGGGUUUAAUCACAAACUCUUCUUUUUUUAUUGUACUUUCUUGUUCUUGAAGCUUGCGCUCCACUGUUUAAAAGAUAAAAUAAAAAUAAAAACAUUGUGAAAGAC